AUGCCUAAACUUAAAACGGUGAAAAACUGGGAGAAAGAAUACAACAUUAAACUCAAAUGGGAUGUACAACCUGGUGGAAAUGCUGGAAAUAUUCGAUGUUCGACGUGUAAAGAAUACGACGAUCGGCUCCAAGGGUUGAAAAACUACAGUCGUACAUGGGUCGAAGGCUCUAAAAGCGCGACCUCUGAUUCUGUGAAAAAGCAUGACAACACUGAUAUGCACAAGCAUGCUGUUGAUAUAGCAAUGAAAAAACAUCCUGGCUCCGAACGAUAUACCGAAAAUGUAAUGAAAACCACUCCAAUUGGGAAGUCAAUAACAAAGAUGGAAGAGCACUCAAAAAAAGUCUUGAAAAUGCGGUUCAACACAGCCUAUUACCUUGCCAAGAAGGAGAAGCCAUUUAAGGACUACCCCGAUUUGCUGGCACUGCAAGAAAAAAACGGAAUUGACAAACAAAGGGGAUACCGCACUCCUCAAGCUGCAGCAAAUUUUAUUGACUUUAUAGCAGAACAAUUUAAAGCUCCCCUGAAAGAAAUUCUUGUGAAAGCCAGGUAUUAAUCCAUUUUGACUGAUGGCAGUACGGACACAAGUGUAACUGAGCAAGAACUUAUUUACGUUAUGUUCCUCAAUGAUGAUGGACAAGUCAAUAUGAAAUUCCUUAGCAUCGAAAACCCUGCAGUUGCGGAUGCCACACAUUUGGUCGAGUGUAUUAAGGAAGCAUUUCAUCGCAUAGGCAUAGUAGAUUAUUCAUCCCAUUUACAUGGACUGAAUGUGGAUGGAGCUUCCGUCAACCUGGGAGUCCAUAGAGGUGUUGCAGCACUUUUGAAGCGGGAAUCUCCCUGGUUAACUGCCAUACAUUGCUUCAAUCACAGGAUCGAGCUGGCUGCAAAGGACGCAUUUGGAAACUCAGUUUUUGAAGAAAUUGACCAAAUGCUUGCGUUCUUCUACAAGAUUUAUCGAAACAGUUCCAAAAGAUUGAAAGCGCUGAAGGAGCUUGGUGCUGCAUUGGGAGAAAAACUGCCAAGACCUGUUAAGGCAUCAGGUACUUGA